UCUCUCCCCCUCUCUCCACCCGCCUGCGCGCGUGUCCUCUCUCCCUCCUCCUCUCCUGCCGCCAUGGAGGUGGAGGUAGCGGACCCCCAGUCGAAGGACGCGCCCACCUCCACGCUCGCUUUCUGCCCGGAGGGGCCGUUCCUCGCCGCCGGCGCCAUGGGCGACAUCAAGCCGAAGCUGCGGCUCCUCCGUUCCACCCCGGGCGCCUACCUCUUCGACGAGUUGGGUUCGUUCUGGUCGCCAGCGCCGCUCCGCCGCGUCUGCUGGUCGGACGCAUUCUCGUCGGGCUCCUCAAGGCCACUCGCGGGUCUCAUUGCUAGAGGUUUGGAGAACGGCUCCGUCGUCGUGUGGGAUCCGCACAAGAAGAUCAGCGACUGGAAUGCUUCUGAGUACGACGCAGGCGAGAUGGAGCUCAAGGAGAGGCUGAAACUGGAACGGGGCGAAUUCAGGACCCGAGCAAACAGUUUCAGACUGGACCAGCAGCACAUCGGGCAGCGUAAGCCAUCGCCGCCGCUCCUCGACAAGAUGACGAGCAAUUUCACACCGUCCACGGGCGCGGCCCACGGCCUGGUGGCUUCACUUCGUCCCUCCUUUCCCGCGCAGCGCGGCCCGUUUCGUCAGAGUUCUAUCUGGGUUGGCUGA